CCACUACCUACUACCUUGAUUCCUAUUUUCUUAUGUUCUAGUAGAGCUCAAAAAAAACGAUUAACUUGAAUUGACUGGACAAUGUUUGAUCUUCUUUUCUUGAUGUGUUGGUCUCGGCCAGUGUGAGCUUCUUCAAUGAGUGCCUAUGAACUUACGCGUCUCGGAAUGAAAUCGGAUGUAAAAAAAAUACUUUAUAAACUAUGCUGAUGUACAUACUACACACAUUAUUGCUGAUCCUUAUAACAACCAACAAUCAUUGAUAUCAACACCAACAUCAUACAUAGUGAUCACCAUGAAAUCCCAACGCAUCGCUGUCGCCGGUGGCCAGGGUAAAAUCGGGAAACACAUCGUCGAAGGACUCCUCGAAGCCAAACAGCGAUACUCCCUCGAACUCAUCAUCGUCCUCUCUCGUUCCGGGGCACCCGAUAUCACCUAUGCAGGCAACAGUGCCCCCGUCAUCGCUGUGGACUACACCGACCAAGCGUCUUUACAGAGUGUGUUGGACAAGUACAAAAUCGACACCGUCAUCUCCACUAUCAGCGGCCACACCCCCGAUGCAUUUAUCACAUCCCAAGAAAACCUCCUCCAAGCCGCACUGAAAGUCCCCUCCUUCCAUCGCUUCGCCCCCAGCGAAUUCGCUAUCCCCUCCGAACAAGUCGCCGACAAAAUAAAACUCUACCAAAUGAAACUCCCCAUCCUCCAAUCGCUCCGCAGAGCCAAACAACAACAACAACAACAGCGUCCUGGUGGUUCGUUCGAGUUCAGUAUAAUCAACUGCGGGAUGUUCAUGAACUAUCUCGGGUACGGGAACACUAAACCCGACGGGCACAAAGCGCAUGGGUACCUCGCGCGGUUUCCGAUAAUCUUUGAUUUGUCGAGACGAUAUGCGGAUAUCCCGGGGGAUGGGGAGAAAGAGAUCAUUUACACGCACGCGGAUGAUGUGGGGAGGUUCGUUGCUGCGGCGACGCAGUUGGAUGUGUGGGAAGAGUAUUUCGAUAUGGCGGGGGAGGUGGUGACGAUUAAUGAGGUUCUCCGGAUGUGCGAGGACGUGUGUGGCACCAAAUUCGACGUCAAAUACAAUUCCCGAGAAGACAUACUCGCGCGGAUGAGUUCCGCCCCAGAGAAAUUCAUGGAGAACUUCUUCAUGGAAGGGUAUUUAGCGACUAUCGAUGGGGAUUCUGAUGCUAUAAGGCCUAAUAACCUGAACAAGUUGGUGGACGUGAAACCUAUGGGGGUGCGUGAGUAUCUGGAGAAGUGGUGGGGGAAUUGAUAUAAUACUAUGAGUAGGGUGGGAUUUGAAGGGGACGUACUGUACAUAUUUGUUUGUUUGUUUCGUUUGUUUCGUUUCGUUUGUAGGGUAUGAUAAGGGCAAGGCAAGGUCAUUCGCUGGCCCCGUCCCCAUCCAAAGCUAGAGCUCUAAGAUACAGAAUAUCUCAAC